AAAAUGUUCUGGAGUACAAUGGCGAUAGAGGAGCGAGAGAUCGAUGUCAAGUUAAACUCUGAAAAUCCAAAAUUGGAAUCUAUUCUCAAUGAUGUUCAUUGCCUUCAAGAAAUAAGAAAUUCAAACGGACAGCUAAUGGACUUUCUCAAACAAGAAGAUAAUCUUCGAAAACUUAUUAUGGCGAUAAUCACUCCAGUUGAUGAGGAGGCCGAUGAGCAGCUUGUAAAAAGCGAAUAUAGAGUUAUCUCUCAAUGCUGUGAGGCUUUGUGUGUCGGAGCUAGGGAAUUUUAUCCUGAAUUUGAAAAAUACCCUCAGCUACUCGAAGAGCUUGCAGGCUUUUUGGACAAUAAUCAUGCACGCCUUAAUCCAUUAGUUGCCAGCUUUUAUAGCCGUGUGGUCGUUUGUUUUCUUUCUACUGAGCCAGAGAAGUUUUUAGAUAUACUUGAGAAAAGUAAUUUUAUUGAGAGUUGUAUGAAUGGUCUGAAGUUUUGCUCUCUUUUUGAACUUCUUUGUACUUUUAUGAAUUGUACACCCGAUCCGUCUAUCCGCGAUAGAAUUAAAAGGUGGUAUGUCGAUAAAGGUUUUCCUCAAAAGCUUUUAUGGCUUCUUUCUGCUGAACAACCAUCAUAUGUUCAUGAAAAUGGAGCUGCUUUAUGGGUAGAAUUUAUUAGAGCAUUACGCGAAGUCCAGUAUAAUGUUGAACAGACUUUUGACCCUCUCCUUGAAGCUAUACAAUCUGAGGAGAUUGUGACUAAAUUACUUUCAAUGAUGUUUCCAGUUGAUGGAGGUAAAUUCUCAGCAUCGAUUAUUUCGAAUGGAGCUUUGGUUUUAAAUGUUCUUUUAGAAACGAAUCAAAUAAGGAAUUCUCCUAGUUCUAUUCUGGCGCAAGAACUUCAGGGUGCUUCAAGCGUCAAUAACAAUUCUUUACUUGAUGGAUAUCAGAAUUGUUCAUUUAAUAGUACGGAUAAUUCGACAUCCUCAACUGGGCAAAUCUUGAUGGAUCCAAAACGAAUUGUGGAAACUCGCUGUGCUGAAUAUGCAUCUAGUAUAAUAAGUCUAAUAUUAUAUGGUCUUGAUCCUGUUAGAAAUCCAAAAAUCUAUAUUCGGCACAAUGACUCAAAUAGAAUAAUUGUUCCAGCUGAUUCUAAGGAAUCGGAGGUAAAUUUAUUUUAUUCCUUUAAAACAAGAAUAUUUAGGAUGUAAUGAUUGAUGAUUUUUGCGACGAUUUUGUUCACA